CCUAGUGUUGAGUGUUAACACCCGAACUUACCGUCAUGCAUCACAUAAGAUUUUAAUUUAUUAAAAGCAUCAUUUUUAUUGUGAGAAAUCAUAUUUAUAAUGAUCAUAAUCAAUUGAUCCGAAACUUAGAAAUGGAGCUGCAAUCUGUUGCUCUAUUUGUUGAACCUGAGAAAUCUACUGGUGGAAUUGCUAACUCUACUGUUACGAAAAAUACAGUAAGUAUUGAUAAUGGGAAUGAGGUUCCAAAAAUAUCUCCUGACAAAAAUAUGUCUCAGUCAGAAGCAAAAGCUGCUCCCAACCUUAACAAAAACCAGCAAACUAAUGGGGGCUUGAAGCUUGUUUUACCUGAUAGAAAUAUUAUCAUGCAUAGAGACACUCCUACUGUUCGUUUUGCUGAGGAAGAAGUUGAACACUUAUCAAAAAUUGACAGAUUUACCUUGGUUGGGAAAUUUUCACAUGGACAACCCAAAUUGGAUGUGAUUAAAAAGCACUUUGCCACACAGUAUUUUCUCAAAGGACAGGUCACUAUUGGAUGGAGAGGACCUAGACAUGUGAUUCUCACAUUUUCAAAUAGCCAGGACUGCACUGAUAUUCUGCUUAAAAGCCAAAUUGCUUUUAAUGGUGCUAACCCCAUGAGAUUAUUCAGAUGGACCCCAGAUUUUAAUACUGAAACUGAGACAUCUAUUGCUUCAGUUUGGAUAUCUUUGCCAGGUUUACCUAUUCAUUUCUUUGAUAAGGCUGCUUUGGCUUUAGUAUGUAAACCUUUGGGUAAGGUAUUGGUGAUUGAUCAGGCAACCAUGAGUAAAUCCAGACCCCAUGUUGCAAGAGUUAGACUGGAAAUGGAUCUUAUGUUACCCUUAAUUCACAAGGUCUUUAUUGGGACUUCCACUCUUCCAGGAAAAGAAGAUGAAGGGUUUUACCAAUCUAUUGAAUACGAGAGAAUCCCUCUAUAUUGCACUAAAUGUUUCAAGCAAGGCCACUCAGUUGAAAAAUGUAAACUGGAAGAUAGCAAUCACUUUUUGGCUGAAAAAACAAGGAAGGGUAAAAAUAUUCUGACAGAAGAUAACUCUCACCAGGACAGGCCAGAAAGAAGGAGGAGUAGAAGUAGAGGCCCUAAAGCUCACAAACAGACUACUCACAAACAAGAUGUUCUUGAUUUAAGGCCAACAGCUGCUGGACCUUCAUAUGUACAGAAGGAUAUAUCAAAGAAAAAUGUCCCUCAAAAGAAGCAAGAAUCUAAUGUGUUGAAAGCUGAGGUGGACCAAUCCUUUCAAAUGGUAGAGAGGAAAAAUUCAAACCAGAAAGGACAGCCAGCAGGAUCUUCUGCAAAGGAAGCCUCCAAUACAAAACUUUUCCCCCUUAAUUCAACUAUUGGUAUACUUCCCAAAUCUGCACAAAUGGGCCCUUCCAGUUCCCACACUAUCAACAACAGCAACAGUUUUGCAGUGCUGAGUCAGCCUAUUGAGGACCUGCCAACAUUAAACCCCCAAGCACCUGAAUUUAAUCCCACACAAUAUGCACUUGGGGUUCUUAAAGAAGUGCCUUUACAGUCAAUUGACCAAAAUCCACAAAAUAUGAGCAUAUUAUUCCCUGUGAUACCCACCAGUGAGAUCCCUAAGCAGCUAACUUGUGGUGAGAACACUUUAGCCAAUACCAUCCCAUCUAAUACAAAUUUAAUGUUGGAAGAAAUAGAUCCUGGACCCCAAACUGCUGAGAAUGCUAUUGAGGAAGUCUGGUCAGAUGAAGGUUAUGCUAGUCCCAUUGGAGAAGAAGACUCCUUAUCUUCAUCAGUGUUUGAUCCUAAAUCAAAAAAGCUUUUAAAUGAUAUUUCUCUGGAUGUUCCUGCAGCAAACACCAGAAAGGGUUCAUCCAAGGCAAAACCACCCAAACCCCCUACAACUAAGAAGUCUGGCAGGGCCAGAACAUCUUCUCCCCCACCACAAUAAUUUUAUAGAUUCCACACUUGUGUGGAAGCCCAUCAGUCACCUUGCUUUCGCGGAUGAUAUGAUUAUAUUCACAUCUGGCAGGAAAAACUCAGUGCUCCAUAUUAUGAAGGAUCUUCAUCUUUAUGAACACAUCUCUGGACAGCUUAUUAGCACUCAUAAAAGCUCCUUUUACAUGCAUCCCAAAAGUGCACAUAUUACUAUUCAGCGUGUGGCUGAUCAUAUCAAGAUGCAAUAUCAGUCCUUCCCUUUCUUCUACCUGGGGUGCCCUAUCUAUAAAGGAAGGAUGAGGUGCUGCUAUUUUAACAAGCUUUUGGCUAGAGUGUCACAAAAGUGUCAGGGAUGGCAAGGGAGACUUUUAUCU